AUGGCCAAAUUCAAACACACUUCAUGGGAAGUUAUGAUCAACGAGGAAAGAAAUCUUGCCGUGAAUAAGUGGCUCAGCCUGGUCAUGGUCGAGCCCUUGACCUUCGGUGUAGCUAGGAACUUCUACGCCGGCAAGGCGUCGGGGAUCUCUUCAGGAUCACUUGCAGACAGCAUUUCGGAUUGCCUUGCUGCCAAGGCCACUUCGACGAUCAAUGCCAGGGCGAAUUGCUUGUUGCGGUUUGUUUCUUGGGCAAAGGGGAACAUGCCGUUUGUUUUUCCCUUGACCGAGCAUGCUGUCUACGCAUACUUCGAGGAAAGGAAGUCCACAGCAGCGGCAACUUCGUUCAGGAGCCUUCUUUCUUCCGUUGCUUUCGCUCAGCAUGUGGUAGGCCUGGAAGGGUGUGACAAGGUUUACACUUCGGGUCGCGUCCGCGGCCUUGCGUCGAAGCUUUACAUGCAGAAGAGGAAGCUCAAGCAACGGAAUCCUCUGAGGGACCGUAUCGCUGCAGGUUUCUUUCUUUUCUUGAUUUAUGCAAGAGCUAGAUACAGUGACGGGCAAAAUGUAGCAUCGCUGACUGCGGGUCUUGCGAUCAAGCCGAACGACCCGUUGCUCCCCUGCCCUUCUUCGAAUGGUUCGUGGAAGAUGAUCCCGCUUCCGUGCGAUCAGGCUUGCUCGUGGCUCAGGAGCCUGCUGGGGAACGCUCAGAGCGAUCCCUACCUUGCAAAUGUAGGAACACAUAGCCUUAAGAGAACCUUGCUGAGCUGGGCAAGCAAGCGUGGUCUGCCCAGAGAACUGAGGGCCCUCUUGGGGUAUCAUACGUCCCGAGCCUCGGGCGCGGGAUCAGAGCUCAUCUAUGAGUCCGACGCCCAGUCGGCUCCGCUCAGGGCUUUGUCAUCUAUGAUCGACGAGGUGUCGUCCGGGGCCUUCAAGCCCGACAAACCAAGGGGGCAGCAGCUUGCUUCCGAGCUGUCGGCGAAUGCCGAUCCCCCGGGCGAUGAGAUCGAGUCGUCAGACUCUGAGGGCUCCGAAGACGAGGAGGAGAUCGACCACUCAGGGGACGAAGCUUGUGUUGCCGAGGCUUUGGACUGGCAUGGGAAGGUCGAUCUUGACAAGAUUGAUCCCUCGUGUGUUUUCUUUCGGCAUCGCCAAUCCAGGGUAGUGCACAUCACUGCCGACGAAGCCGGUGCCAACCUAGGCUGCGGUAGGACCAUUUCGGGUCAGUACAGGAAGCUGGAGGCGCGACCCGCAGUUUUGCAUCCAAGGUGCAAGCAGUGCUUCAGGAGAUACUUGAUUGUGCAGCAGGGCACAUGA